AUGCAGCCCACCGUUCAACGAUUAUUAUUUGAGGUUUGCAGAGAAAAUACGAAUGAACACAGCCCAAGAAAUGAAUAUAAACCAAGUUCAGUGGAUUUUUUUAUACCCGCAAUUGCUGAAUUCGUUGGUUCAUUCCUGCUUACUUUUCUGGGUAUUUGUUCAUAUUUGCAUACAGUUAAUACCCAGCUAGCGGUAUCAUUGUUAGAUGGUGUUGCUUUGUACACAUUGACGUGUUGCUUGGGGCGCUUCAGUGGCGCACAUUUCAAUCCAGCACAAACGCUGUCAGUAAUAUUUGUUGGAAGAUGUCGCUUAGCAGUUGGACUUUUUAUGAUAUUUAUGCAAUUUUUGGGAGCAUUUCUUGGCGCUGUUUAUGCGCAAUGUAUUCUGCAAAACAACACAUUUGCAGUAGCAAUGCAUGCAGCGAUAAGAUGGUCCAACACGGAUAUACAUGCAGCAAAUCGUUUGCAGUAUUUUUUUAUGGAAUUAACAUUGAGUACAUUGGUUUGCUGCGCUUACCUGUUCACAGGUGUCAUCAGUCAUGGUAGGAACGGUGCGUUAUGUGCUGCGAUCGUAUCUACAGCACGAGCCAUCGUUACUUUUAUUGGAUAUUCUACUAUCGGCCAGACAUCAAAUCUAGCGAGGACUAUUGGCUUGAUUUCUACGGCAUAUAUAUUUUUGGCCAUACGUGAUGAAUGGCGAUUCAUUUAUAUACCUUUUCUUGUUAAUAUCAUUUCCGCUCCUGUUGCUUCCUUAAUUUACUGGAUAUCAAUGAAGUAUUCAAUAGGAAACAUUAAUAGCACACCGAAAGAUUAA